CGGGACGGAGGCAACAGCACACCGAGCGAGCGCCUGUGCCCGAGGGCAGCGAUGCUGUGGUUCCAGGGCGCCAUUCCGUCCGCCAUCGCGUCGGCCAAGAGGAGCGGCGCGGUCUUCGUGGUGUUCGUGGCAGGUGAUGAUGAGCAGUCUACACAGAUGGCUGCAAGUUGGGAAGAUGAGAAAGUGACAGAAGCAUCUUCAAACAGUUUUGUUGCUAUUAAAAUCGAUACCAAAAGUGAAGCCUGCCUACAAUUUUCACAGAUCUAUCCUGUAGUGUGUGUUCCAUCCAGUUUCUUUAUUGGAGACAGUGGAAUUCCCUUGGAAGUAAUAGCAGGAAGUAUUCCUGCAGACGAACUUGUUACCAGAAUCCACAAAGUCCGGCAGAUGCACUCAUUAAAAGGUGAAAUAUCAGUGGCAGAUAGUGGCCAGUCAGAAAGUUCAGUCUCUACUCCAUCCACCUCAUUUGAACAUAACAACACUUCUGAAAACUGUCAGUCCAGAAACGUAGAGCUCUGUGAGACACCACCCACUUCUGAUACAAAGUCAGAUUCUGCAACAGGAGGAGAAAUUUCAGGCCAGGCCACUGUGUCUCAAGAGCCUGGUGGAUGUUCAAAUCAGAGACUUACAGAGGAGCUCACCAUCAGAGUGGAAAGACUAACCAAGAAACUUGAAGAAAGGAGAGAAGAGAAAAGGAAAGAGGAAGAACAGAGAGAGAUUAAGAAGGAAAUUGAGAGGAGGAAAACUGGAAAAGAAAUGUUGGAUUAUAAAAGAAAGCAAGAAGAAGAAUUAACAAAAAGAAUGUUAGAGGAAAGAAACAGAGAAAAGGCAGAAGAUAGGGCAGCUCGAGAGCGUAUAAAACAGCAGAUUGCACUGGACCGUGCAGAGAGAGCUGCUCGUUUUGCAAAGACAAAGGAAGAAGUAGAAGCUGCUAAAGCUGCUGCCCUGCUGGCCAGACAGGCAGAAAUGGGAGUCAAGAGAGACUCUUCCACAAAAGAAAGAAGCAGUGUUGCGAGAAUUCAAUUCCGUCUUCCUGAUGGUUCUUCCUUUACAAAUCAGUUCCCUUCUGAUGCUCCUCUAGAAGAAGCACGGCAGUUUGCUGCACAGACUGUUGGCAACACUUACGGUAAUUUUUCAUUAGCAACAAUGUUUCCCAGGAGGGAAUUUACCAAAGAAGAUUAUAAAAAGAAAUUACUGGAUUUGGAACUUGCCCCAAGUGCUUCAGUGGUACUGUUGCCAGCAGGAAGACCAACUACAUCCAUGGUACAUUCUUCCAGUGGCGACUUUUGGACAUUCUUGGGGACAGUACUUUACCCAUUCCUUGCCAUCUGGAGAUUGAUUAGCAACUUCUUAUUCAGUAAUCCUCCUCCUGCACAGACCUCGGUGAGAGCAGCAUCAUUGGAAUCCUCAAACCUUGCAUCGUCUGGCAACUCAGAAAAAAGGGAACCAGUCAGAAAACGAGUGCUGGAGAAACGGGGGGAAGACUUUAAAAAGGAGGGCAAGAUAUACAGAUUGAGGACUCAAGACGAUGGUGAAGAUGAAAACAACACUUGGAAUGGAAAUUCUACUCAGCAGAUGUAG